UUGAAACUUGAAAGUAGUUUGAAGUUUUGUGAGGUGAUGUGACUUGACACUUAUAUUGUCACUUGUUGACAAUAGUCUUGACCUAAGACAUUUGGCAUGUUUUUAAGCUAAUAAAAGCUUGAGGCUUUAUUUCUGAAAGCUGUACAGUAAGUUUAUGUUGUUUUUAAGUGAAACGUAUUAUUGCACUGAAGUAAAAAUAAGUUACAAAUAUCUUAACGAGGUUGAAGUGUGUAUGUUUGUGAAAAUAUUUUAGUACAUUGACGUCAUGUCUGAAUUCUAUCACUUUCUGAGCCCGUAGUUUGGUAUUGAAAUUUUUAAACCUAAGUGUUUGGUUGAUAUGAAAGGGUGUAAUUAAUGUGAAUAAGUAAUGUCGCGUAGAGUUUUUCGUCUUCUACGAAGGAAAAAGUUUCAUCGUACAGAAAAUCCUCUGCACUUAUGGAUGGCUUCCCAGUGGAUGAAGAAGUUUUCUCGGUUAGCUGUAAAAUGCAUUCUUCGAUUUGUACAGUUAUGUACUCAUGCUCUAUUGUGGAUCUUCUACCAUGGAUCUGGUGAACAAAUGCCACCCAUAAAAGAUUUGCUUUUGCUAGACACAGCCACUGCACUGGCUCUUAAAAUACGUUCUCAAAAAGUCACAAGUGUACAAGUUAUGGAAGUAUUUAUCUCACGAAUUAAGGAAAUAAAUCCAAUCUUAAACUGUGUGGUUGAUGAGAGAUUUGAAGCAGCACUAGAAGAAGCCAAAGAGGUUGAUAAGCUCAUACAGUCAGGCACUAAAACCAGUGCUGAAAUAGAAAAAGAAACUCCAUUCCUGGGUGUUCCCUUUUCGACAAAAGACUGUUUGCAAGUAAAAGGGCUGUGCCACACGGCGGGGCUGUACUGCAGGAAGGACGUGAGGGCGGCCGGCGACGCGGCGGCCAUCGCGGCAAUGCGGAAGGCGGGGGCCAUCCCCUUGGCGCUCACCAACGUGUCGGAGGUGUGCAUGUGGUGGGAGAGCAACAACACGGUGCACGGCCGCACCAGCAACCCCUACAACACGCACCACAUCGUGGGGGGCUCGUCCGGCGGGGAGGCUUGCCUGCAGGCAGCGGCAGGGUCUGCUUUCGGGAUCGGCUCGGACAUCGGAGGAUCCAUACGCAUGCCCGCCUUCUUCAAUGGCAUAUUUGGGCACAAGCCGUCCAAAGGAAUAGUUUCCAACCACGGCCAGUACCCGGAGCCCGUCGGGGAGCAAGACUCCUUCCUCGGGAUCGGGCCCAUGUGUCGUUUUGCAACGGACUUGGUUCCGGUGCUGAGGAUCAUAUCUGGGAAGAAGGCAGACCUUCUGAAUCUUGACGAAAAGGUGGAUGUUCGCAAGCUCAAGUUCUACUACAUGGAGCAUGACGGCGGCUCCCACCUUGUGAGCCCGGUUGACGGCGAGAUCAAGGACGCUCUCCGCAAGGUGGUGACGUACUUGGACAAGGCAUACGGCAUUAAGGCGCAGAAGAUUUGCCUGGGGAAACUGAGGCUGUCGACAGCCAUUUGGAUGGCCAAGAUGAAAGUGAAAGGCAGCCCGCCAUUUUCUGAACAGCUCGCGAACUGUAAAGGAGCUGUGAACGUAUACUUGGAGCUGCUCAAGUGGUUCCUGUGCAUCUCGAAGCACACGUUCAUCGGCCUGGCGACCGCCAUCACGGAGGACUUCGGCGUAGAGUACGGCAGCGAUAAGCACGUGUACCUGCUCGACCAGUGCCGCCAGCUCGCGGACGAGCUGCAGGACAUCCUGGGGACGGACGGUGUGUUCCUGUACCCGACCCACCCGACUCCGGCCCCGUACCACAACGAGCCCCUGGUGAAGCCCUUCAACUUCUCGUACACCGCCAUCGUGAACGUGCUGGGUCUCCCGGCGACCCACUGCCCCCUGGGGCUCACCAGGGACGGCCUGCCAGUCGGGAUCCAAGUGAUUGGUUCCCUGAACAAGGAUCGGCACACACUGGCUGUUGCUGUGGAGCUGGAGAAGGCAUUCGGAGGCUGGGUGCCCCCUUCCAUCAAGGUUUGAAACGGAGCUCCGCUCUUUACGGGUGGGGUGCUGGUCCGUCUGCUUCUACAUGGCUUCGAGAGAUGUCGACACUCAGAGAGUCAGUCUCAUCUCGCGACCCAGAUGUGGGUGGUGAUGUUUCAUUAUAAAGUAUGAACAUUCAUACAACUGGUAAUCGGAAUAGGUAUAAGAUUGUAAUAUCCAGCAUUGAAACUCUGAAAUGUUAAGUGGGUGUUUUUGCCUUCAUGCCUCGUUUACAAUGAAUGUAUCUGUGACAAUACUGUGCAUUUACAGAUAUACGAAAGGGAACCCAAAAAUAACCGGGAUCAUAAUGUUACACAUCAUGCACUUGUAAAACCAGUUUUCGCAACUUGGGAGACUGACUCAGAAGAGGUCCUACAACAGCAAAAACUGGAGCUGCAAGUACAUGAUGCGCAACAUUAUGAUUCCGGUCAUUUUUUGGUCCCCUCUCGUUUAGUGAAAAUAUUUGUGCAAAGUAAUUAUGGCUAGAAAAACUGUGAAUAUACCUGUACAGUGUAGGGAACCUCUUUAUAACAAACAUGUGCUUACAAAAAAAAAACAUUUUUGCGAAGUCCCAGUCAAACUCAAGGCAUUUUUUUCACCUCUAUAAGAAACACUUUUCUUCUCUUUUGGAUGAAAACUCCUUUAUAACUAAGAGAGAGCAAUAUCAAAUCGUAAUAUUUUUCUUUAAAAUAGAAAAGAAAGAAA